CAGUCUUUUUCUUUUCGCACUCGGCGCGUAGACUUCUCUAAUUGCGUGAUACAAAGUGCACCGCAGUGUGUACACUCGGUCCUCGUUUUCCCCUGACUUUCUGCAGCGCCUUUUGAUUUCUGGUUUCGGCGCUUCCUUGUCUUGCCGGCGCCGACACUGUCGCCUCUUUUUCAUGUCUUUUUCGCCGUGCCACUUCCCUCUCCCGUCUUCUACGGUCUCUCCACUCCGUUUUCGACUGGUCGCGAAAAGAACGCAACGGCGCGUUUGCUUUGUCUUCUGUUCUCAGAGACCGACGACUGCCGCCCGCAGCUCGCAACCGUGUCUAUCCUGUGCGUUUUCUUCCUCUUUUCCUCUCCUUUCCGCCUUUUUCUCUUUGCUUUCUCUGUUUUUCACUUCGGUCCACCCUCCGUUUGCGUCUUCUCUUCCGUCUCUCUCUUUCCCUCCGCCGUCGCCGCCAAGUAUCUGCCCAGGUUCCUCUCUCGGCUCACCGCCUGUCUCUUGUCUGGCGGCUCCGCAAAUUUUCUGUGAAAACCUUUGUUUUUGUUCGUAGCUCCUGUUCCUCUUUUGCUCUCUCCUUUUCCAUUUUUCUUUAUGCACGCGAAGAUGGCGCCUGGCCGAACAACAGGCAGUUCUGGGUUCUGGUCUCACCUCAGGCGGGCGGCUGUCGAGAAACCUGCGGCCGGAAAGAGCGCCUCUUUCCUCUGUGUCGUCCUUUUCCUCUGCGUUUUCCUCCCUCACUCCACAGAGGCUGUUCUCUUCGAGGUUCCAGGAAGCGGACGCGAGUGCUUCUUUGUCCCGAUCAACGCUCCACGCAUGAACAUCAAUGGUCGCUAUGAAUCUUUCAGAGGAAGCGACCGCGUUCGCGUUAGCGUCGAGGGCCCUGUCGUGCCACCGGAUCCUGAUCACCCGAAACCUCAAAUCAAAAGCCAAGUGCUCUUCUCCUCCGGGAAGGAAAGCUCUGCAUUCAAUGUCCAACUUCCGUCUACGGGCUACUUCAAGCUCUGCGUCGCGAAUACUUUGACGUAUGCCCAGACGGUGACUCUCAACUUCCAUGUUGCUCCGACGGCUGUGGACGACGCGCGCGAGCAGCCAGACACUUCCAAGCGUCCGCCCGACGUCAAUCAGCUGGUGAUGAGCAGCCACACGGAGGAGCUGAAGAAUCUCUCCGAUAGAGUUCUCGACAUGGCUAACGGCCUCUUCGAGCAACAGUCGAACUCCCUUGCCCGCAUGUCCGUCCACGAACAGCUAGGCACUUCGACGCGCAAUCGCGCGAGUCUCUGGAAGGUAGUCCAGAUGUGCUCGCAAAUAGUUCUUUCUCUUGUUCACAUCUACGCCGUGAGGUCUCACUUCGAAGUGAAAACCAUUGUGUGAGGCCGACGUCGAGAAGGCGCCCGCUGGUGUACGUACACCGUGGCUGUUGCUUCCGCUGUGUCGGCCGAGUCCACUUGCGCAGGGGCUUCGCUGAUCUCCGAAAAAGGACGCACUCGGACUCGGUGGUGGAGCCUGGGCGCCACUGUAUGUACAUCGGAGUCGAGACUGACCCUCUUCGCCGACGCUGAGACGGUCUUCUGUCGGCCAGCGUUUGGAAGAAUAGGGAAAGCGAGGGGUCCUAAGAGAAGAAGCAUGGACUUUUUUUAGAGAGAAAACCUGCCUAGAGAAGGCAACUGAGACAAAGAACGGGUGCGUUCCUCUCUUUGUCACUGGGCGAUGUCUCAUCACUCUCCCACAGGGGAGGCUCUCACACUGGUUUUCCUUUGAUGAAAACACGAGAACAAGCUUGAGGUGAAGCCUUCAAUGAGGAAGAGACUGCAGAGAUCUGCAGGGAGAGAUGUUCCCAGGGGGGCUGUGCGACCGACACCUAUCAGAGAAACUGGAGCUAGAGGCCCUGUGAGACACUGCAAAUUGAAAUUUUUAGCUUCCCCGCAUUCUUCGCCGAGCGUCACUCCUCACAGACACGAUCCUCACCCCGUUGUUGUGUCUGCAAGUUUCCGAAGUGUUUGUCUAUCAUAGUUAAUUGGAGUGAUCUUACAAGCGGCUUUGCGUUUGAUGGAACCAUCACAUCCAGGUAACUCAAAAAUACCAGUCAGCCGGUUCGUCACCCCACUUCACCUCGUACCUGAAUGGUAUUUUCUAGCAUAUUUUGCGGUGUUGGAAGUAAUUGCUGCCAAAAUCGGUAGCUUCAAUUGAAAACAGUCCAGUUUGGAGGAGGCGCGCUUCCCAGCAGCAGCCCGAUUCUAUCGUGUCGUCGAACUUUUCGGACUCAGGGACACAGACUUUCAUAGGCGAGAUCGAGUCUCUCUUUUUUGUGGGAGGAAACGGAACUGAAUUUCGUUCCGAAUAGGCUGAAGUGUUGAUCAGUUGAAACACCUGCUUUUCGACUGAAGGGUCCCUUGCAAUUUCUGGGGAGCUGCGUCUCUAAAUACAAAGCCAGGAAGCGACACGGACACAGAGACUCUGUUACGACUUGUCUGAGUGGAUAGGAACGGGCUAGAGACGAGCAGUCCUCGACUAAAACUGGAGGGUUUCACAGAGUGAAUUAAAAACAUAUAUGCACCCCAUAUAAUAGGCUGGGACGAAGAACUCGGCCUAUUGCCUCGCGGAGCUUCACAGGAAAUUCUCUGUCAUAACUGGAGUCCGUGAAAGACUCCUGCGACACAGGGUAGACUGGCGUGUGUCACAGCUCGAAGAGUAGAUGUGUCGUCAAAAAAGUCCGCUGAUUCCGAAGCCUCACGACGGUAAGCACGGACUGCAGAAAAGAAGACUCCGCUGCUAUCUUCGCGGUGGAUCUGGAGGAGAGCCACGGAGAGAGUACUGCAGUCCUGAGACGUUGUAGAGGGAAAGCUGACACCUUCACAGAAAGAAAAGCGCUCUGUACGAAGAAAGCGGGAAGUAUCUCGGAAAAAAAUGAGGAACCGAGCAUCCUGUAGACUCUUCUCCUCCUGGCUCUCCUCCAUCAGCAGCCCAGCCCCCCUGCGUGCGUCAGGUUUCCAGCAGACUUGCCACCGGAUUUACGGUAUCUCCGACCGAUCGGCGGAAAAGUACGUUCGUUCGAUUAGGCGCAGCUUCAUUUCCAAUGUGGCUGGCAGACGCUGUUUUUGUGGCUUCUCCUCGCGCUCGAAACACGGGGCGG